AUGCUAUCAGUAGCCAGGCUCGAUGGCUCAUCACAGGAGCUCACAGCGAUAAUUGUCGCGCGUCUGGCGUUCAUCCUCGCCGACGUGUUUGCAAUAUCCGCCACAUGGUACAACUUGGGGCGCGCUCAAUUUCGCGUGAAGCCCACGAUUCGCAAUAUCGGGACCUUGACGGAUGUGUUUCUCCGCGAUGGAACCCUCUGCUUCGUCGUAUUGACAUUGUUGAAUAUCGUGCACCUCGUCUUUUUUCUCGUCUCUAUUAACGCACAAUCGGGCAUCGCGACCGCUAUCAACGCUUUCCCCGAGCCCCUCACGUCCAUCCUCAUGUCGCGCUUUCUCGUGCACCUGCAGGUCGUUAACAAGGCACUUUCCGGGAACGACACCAUGCUUAGCGGGUCCCAUCACACUGACUCCAUAGUCUUUCAGCGAGUGAUUGGUUCCCUGGGAGCGACGCUCCCAAACUACGACGAACCAGGAAUGGAUAAAGAUGGCGAAAAUGAGGAACGUGAAGAUGAAAACCUCAACGAGGGCGUGCUCGUCGAAAGAGACGUUGCACAGCGUGGCCACCCAGGAAGGGCCACUGGCUCCGUUGACUUCCUCGGAGCUGCGGGCUCAACUCAGACUACUUUCGGACUCCCGAACUCUCCAUAUGGCCCAUCAAACGGCGCGCAAAUCAACACUAUCAUUACUGCUGCCACUUAUCACGGCAAGUUCUGUACCCUGCGCCGACCCCUCUGCUCGCCGUCCGGCACGAAGGAGAUUACGCAGCCCGAACCGCAGGAUGCUGCCCGUCCUGAACUCGACUUCAGGAUGCGCUCUCGCGGACUCUCGCUGCACUCGGCGGUCGUUUCGCUCAUUAGUUUCGUCUUCGCGCUCGUAUGGAUCGGAUACGGGUGUGACGUGGAUAUCAGUCCGGGAUUGCACUUGAACCUGCGCGUGGAUGCAGACAAAACCUUGAAGUUCCCCGACUUGUAUGCGGCAUGGAGAAAGGGCUCUUUACGAGCGUCGUUCUUGUCAGGGCCCCAUCCUCCGCGCGGUCAUCGGGAUGAACCCCAAUGCACUUCAGCAAGCGGCCGACCUCUGCACGGCAUUCCCAUACUCCUCAAGGACAACAUCGCGACGAUGGCCGGCGAAGGCAUGAACACCACCGCUGGCUCCUUCGCACUCCUUAGUUCCAUCGUCCCGCGUGACGCGAACGUCGCAGCCAAAGUGCGCGCCACCGGCGCCACCCCCCUCGGCAAAGCGAACCUCUCCGAGUGGUCGAUCUACCGUGGAAACAAUCCCUUCGGUUUCUCCGGCAUAGGAGGGCGGGCUAGCUCGCCAUACGUCCCCUUGGGCAGCCCGUAA